AUGGAAGCCCCUGAAUACCUUGAUUUGGAUGAAAUUGACUUCAGUGAUGACAUAUCUUAUUCAGUUACAUCACUCAAGACCAUCCCAGAACUGUGCCGAAGAUGUGAUUCACAAAAUGAAGACAGAUCAGUUUCUAGCUCUAGCUGGAAUUGCAGUGUCUCCACUCUUAUUACAAAUGUGCAAAAGCCCACGGGGAUCGCCGAUGUGUACAGUAAGUUCCGCCCAGUGAAGCGAGUUUCUCCGCUGAAACAUCAGCCGGAGACUCUAGACAACAAUGAAAGUGAUGACCAGAAAAACCAGAAGGUGGAGUACCAGAAAGGAGGUGAUUCCGAUCCGGGCCCCCAGCCGGAGGAGCUUGGCCCCGGGGGGAGAGAGAGCGGCCCCCAAAGUAGGACCGCGGGGUCCAACGCAUUACUGGGCGAGCUGGAGCACUAUGACCUCGACAUGGAUGAGAUCCUUGAUGUGCCUUACAUUAAAUCCAGUCAACAGCUUGCCACUUUUACCAAGGUGACUUCGGAAAAAAGGAUUUUGGGUUUAUGCACAACCAUCAAUGGCCUUUCCGGCAAAGCCUGCCCUACAGGAAGUGCUGAGAACUCACUGGCCAACAUGACACCGUUUUGUGUUCUUUCUCCUGUGAAAAGCCCUCACUUGAGAAAAGCGUCAUCUGUCCUCCACGACCAGCAAAAAUCCUCCCCUGAAGACUGCGAGAGCUCGCCUCCUCUGGUUAAAUGUGGCUCCGCAUAUGAGCCUGAAAACCAGAGUAAGGACUUCCUAAACAAUACCUUUAGUGAUCCUCAUGGUCGAAAAGUUGAGAAGCCAGUGCCAGACUGCCAGCUCAGGGCCUUCCAUCUGCAGUCCUCAGCACCAGAACCCAAGCUAGAAGAGCAGAUCGGUGGCAUGAACUGGGCCAGCUCCCAGGGCCCCGAAGAAAGGAACGAGUAUCUGAAAAAAAUGAAAAGCAUCUUGAACAUCGUUAAAGAAGGACAGAUAUCUCUCCUGCCACAUCUAGCUGCCGACAAUCUAGACAAAAUUCAUGAUGAAAGCGGAAACAAUCUCUUACACAUCGCUGCGUCACAGGGCCACGCAGAAUGUCUGCAGCACCUCACUUCUUUAAUGGGAGAAGAUUGCCUCAAUGAGCGAAAUGCCGAGAAGCUCACACCGGCGGGCCUGGCCAUCAAGAAUGGUCAGUUGGAGUGUGUACGCUGGAUGGUGAGUGAAACAGAAGCCAUUGCAGAAUUGAGUUGUUCUAAGGAUUUUCCCAGCCUCAUUCAUUACGCAGGUUGCUUUGGCCAGGAAAAAAUUCUUUUGUGGCUUCUUCAGUUUAUGCAAGAACAGGGCAUCUCGCUGGAUGAAGUGGACCAGGAUGGGAACAGCGCCGUUCACGUAGCCUCACAGCAUGGCUACCUUGGGUGCAUACAGACCCUGGUUGAAUAUGGAGCAAAUGUCACCAUGCAGAACCAUGCAGGGGACAAGCCCUCCCAGAGCGCCGAGCGCCAUGGGCACACCCUGUGCUCCCGGUACCUGGUGGUGGUGGAGACCUGCAUGUCGCUGGCCUCUCAAGUGGUGAAGUUAACCAAGCAGCUAAAGGAACAGACAAUGGAACAUGUCACACUGCAGAGCCAGCUCCAACAACUUCUGGAAGCCCAGAAAUCAGAGGGCAAGUCACUAUUUUCUUCACCCAGCUCACCCUCCUCACCAGCCUCUAGAAAGUCCCAGUGGAAAUCCCCAGAUACAGAUGAUGAGUCUGUAGCCAAAAGUAAACCAGGUAUCCAGGAGGGGAUGCAGGUUCUUGGAAGCCUGUCAGCAUCCAGCCGGGGUAGGGCUAAAGCAAAAGAUGAAGAUUCUGAUAAAAUCCUGCGCCAGUUAUUGGGAAAAGAUAUCUCGGAGAAUGUCUGCACCCAGGAAAAGCUGUCCUUAGAAUUCCAGGAUACUCAUGCUUCCAAUAGAAAUUCAAAAAAGAUCCCUCUGGAGAAGAGAGAACUGAAGUUAGCCAGGCUGAGGCAGCUGAUGCAGCGGUCACUGAGUGAGUCCGACACAGACUCCAAUAACUCUGAGGACCCCAAGAGCACACCUGUGAGAAAGGCCGACAGGCCCAGACCGCAGCCCAUCGUGGAAAGUGUGGAGGGCAUGGACAGUGCAGAAAGCUUACACUUGAUGAUAAAGAAACACACCUUGGUAUCAGGACGCAGGUUUCCUUUUAGCAUCAAGGCUUCCAAAUCUCUGGACGGCCAUAGCCCAUCUCCCACCUCAGAAAGCAGUGAGCCAGACUUAGAAUCUCAGUCUCCAGGCUCAGGGACUGCUCCCCCAAACCAGCCCUCUGGAGACCCCACUCAGCCCAGCCCUGACAGCACUGCUGCCCAGAAAGUGGCCACGAGUCCCAAGAGUGCCCUCAAGUCUCCAUCUUCCAAGCGCCGGACAUCUCAGAACUUGAAACUCAGAGUUACCUUUGAGGAGCCUGUGGUGCAGAUGGAGCAAACUAGCCCUGAACUAAAUGGAGAGAAAGACAGAGAAAAGGGCAGGACCCUCCAGCGGACAUCUACGAGUAGCGAAUCAGGGGAUCCGCUUAAAAGGCCUUUCGGAACCUUCCGAUCCAUCAUGGAGACUUUAAGUGGCAACCAGAACAAUAAUAAUAACUAUCAGUCAGUCAACCAGCUGAAGACCUCCACACUGCCUUUAACCUCCCUUGGCAGGAAGACGACAGAUGCCAAGGGAAAUCCCAUGAGCUCUGCUAGCAAAGGAAAGAAUAAGGCGGCGAUGUCCAGCAGCUGCAUCAACCUUUCCUCUAAAGUGCUGAUUGAAGAGCAUCUGCAUAACUAUGCACGGCAUAAUGACAUCAAUAGAGAAAUGAAGAAAUCCUACAGCACAAAGCACACUGCUGAGCCAGAGACAAAAGAACUCUUCUUGUAAAUCGCUUGUUUAUUAUCCCUCAUUGCUGCCCUUUGGGCACCAUUGGAAAUUUCUGGAUUGUCCUCUGUGGAAGUAGAACCAUGAGAGCAACACCUCACCAGCAAAAGAACAGAAUAUCAGGAUGCCUUAAAUUCAUAGUAGUAGACUAUAUGACACAUUUUGGGUGAUAUUUGUAUAUAUAACUUGUUUUGUAAAAGAUGCUGUUUAAAAGCAUGAUUGGGUAAAUGUAUGUUUUUUAAGACUGGAUUGAUUCAAUUUAUCCACGGGACAUUCACCAAGCCACUGACGCCAGUUUGUAUUUCAUCGAUUGCAUGAGUGUUUCCUAAUGUUGACUGAACCUCCCUUUCCCCAUAAUUCGGGCACUUUUGGCUCAGCAUCUCAGUAAGACCAGGUCAGUGGUAUUGUUUCCUGUCUAGAGUGUUUUUCUGUCGUUUCUACUUUUUGUAUAAAGGAAAUAAAACUGUGUUAACAGCCACCUAUAAGCUUGAGACACCUACUUUCU